AAGAGCAAACAUUUUUUUAUAUUUAAUUUUGAAAUCUAACAUGGGGCUAGACAUAUUGUCAGUAUCCCUGAGACAUAAGACUGUCCUUGGUUUCCUGACAUCUUUUUAAAUUACCCAUUUUUGCACUUUUGCCUCCCUUUUCAGCUCAUUCACAUACACACCACAUAUGUACCCGACUUUUACAUCUUGUAAGUAAUAUGUGCACCUGUAGGGAAUAGGGUGCAAGUGUAUGUGUGUGCAGUUUUCUUCCAUACUUCAGUUUCUUGAAUGCCUACUGGAUCCUUCCUGCUCUGUUUGAUUGUACAGAAUUUUCUGUUCUACAGUCUGGUGUGUGAAUCUGAACUAGACAAUGCAAUCUGAGUUCUGUUGUGCCAAUUUAUGCAGAACACAAAAAGAUAAAAUGUGACACUUUAGCUGAUCAUGCCAUAUUGCUUUGUACUAUUAGCGCGUCUUGCUUUGUUCUAUUAGUGCUCAGAUGUUUCUUAUUUUCUCUCUAAAAAAAAAAAAAGAAAAUGAUCUGUACAUGUGGUACAUGAAAAUAAGCCGUGCUAUUAUAUCUCCAUGGCUCUUUAGUUUUAGGGGGUAGGCACCUGUACGCUGGGAAAUAUUCCUAUUCAUUGUCAUCAGCAAAGCCAAAACCAUUCAUAUAGUAUUCACCAUUGUCAGUGUGUUCCUCUCUAGUCGUGUGUACAGUCAUUUCCAUUCCUUCUUGUUUAUGGUUACCAGCUUUCUCUAUUGAGUUGCUUCAGCCCCUGUGCCCCAUCUUCCUAAAUACUCCUCGUCUUAUAAGUAACAGACCUUGCAGUGUUCGAACCAAACUGUAUCACUAUCUUUUAUUGUGGUUAAAAUAUUGGGGCAGCUAGUUAAUCCACUUCAGUCACUUUUGGUGUUACCAGCUUUGCAGAUUGCAUGGGAGCGCAUGGCUGGUUAUUAUUUGAAGUGGUUGGGUUUGCACCAAAGCUAUUGUAGUUGGUUGAUCUAACAAAGCUCCUGGGGCAGAUGAGCUUCCUCUUUAGUUUUGGCAGUGGGUGCUUGUGAAGCAGCAAUUUCCAUCUUGGGCCUUUACAACACUUUGAUACAUUCUGUAAUAUCAAAUCCUGUAAUAAACUAAACUGUAACAGUUGCCACACAGGCCAAUGGAAAUAAAUCCAAAUACAUUUUUUAAAAUAUGAUUAUGAACAACACGCAUUGCUUGAGUUAAUAAAGCCUAAACUAGUAUGAAGUGAUACAUGUUCUGUUUUAACUGGAGUUAUGAAUUCCCACCCUUGCCUCGGUUUUCUUAACUUUCCCCACUCUUGCUAAUACCCAUCAAUGUUAUUCUAAUUUUGUAUUUUGCAGAUUUAAUUGCAUGUCUUCUCCUACUUAUAUGAAUAACCCCGCUGCCCACACAGACAAUGCACUUUUCAGAACAGAUAAUACAUUACCCUAGUAACCCUGCUAUCUUGUUCAAUAAAAACUCCCUUACCCGCCCAUUCCCUUCCAAUUCUAGCCAGUACAUGAUUCUGUUUCCAUGGUUAUGUCAUCUCUGACGUUGCCAUGCAAACUGCUACUUUUGUUUCCAAAUUAUACUCAUAUAAACCAAUAAAAACAUAUAUAUUUUUAACAGUAUUUGCUCUGGCCAAUAGGAGACGAGAAAAGGCAAAACCCAAAUCACCCGGGAAACGUUCCUGAGUCAGUGCAGGCAGACGAUCCUGAAAGAAGACACAGCCUCGAUGGAGAAUACAAGAAAAUCAGAGUAUGAACACCAACUCAAGAAGCGCCUAGACAAGGUGACUGAUGAGUCUCUGGAUGUCACAAGGAGGAUGGUGCAACUUGUAGAAGAGAGCAAAGAUGCUGGAAUAAGGACUUUAGUGAUGCUGGAUGAACAGGGAGAGCAGCUUGAUCGAAUUGAUGAGGGUCUGGACCACAUUAAUCAAGAUAUGAGAGAGGCUGAGAAAAAUCUGACAGAUAUGGGGAAGUGUUGUGGGUUGUGUUCCUGUGACAGACUGAAGUGCAGUGCCACAUACAGAGCAGUUUGGGGAAAUUCACAUGAUGGGAUUAUUUCUGCUCAGCCUUCUCGUGUCGCAGAUGAAAGGGAGCAAAUGAUGAUGAGUGGAGGCUAUAUUAGGAGAGUGACUAAUGAUGCCCGUGAAGAUGAAAUGGAAGAUAAUUUGGCUCAGGUGGGAAGCAUUCUGGGUAACCUCAGGAACAUGGCCCUGGAUGUGGGUAAUGAAAUUGACAUUCAGAACAAGCAGGUGGAAAAAAUAAUGGAGAAGGUUAAAACUAAUGAAGAUCGCAUUAAAGAUGCCAACACUAAAGCCAAAAAAAUUCUCAAGAGUGUCUGAAGCCGAACUGUAUCUAUUUGUGGAAGAAAAGAUCUAUAUUCCCUUCACCUCUCAUUAAAGGCAGUCUGAUCAUUUUAUAUUUACCAUGGAAGACCUGUCAUACUUCAUACUAAACUUAGAUUCAACACAGAACUUAAAUUAUGGACUCUAACCCUUAGAAAAUUAAAUGUAAGUUUGAUGUAGAGAGUGAUAUUCUGCUGAUAGCAACAUGUACUGAUAUGGUACGAAUGUGCAGCAAGCUCUCAACUUUCACAGAAGGAAAUUUCCUUAUAUUAUCUUUAUAGAGUUUGCACAAAACUACAGCUUUCACAAUUGAUAUAACUUAAAGUCUAAAAUCACAUUGCUUAGCACAAAGGAGCAAGUACCUGUUUUUAUUUUAUGUGAAUCGGGGAUAUUCCCAAUACUUUCCCUACAGUGCACUUACCUAAGAGCAUUUUAAUAAAUGGUGUUAUACUGAACUGAUUAGUAUUCUCCAGCUGAGAGUCACUGUAGGCUCUGUACUAGGGAGGGAUCAAAUGUUUGAAGCUUAAAAGAACCUGUAUAAAAACAAGUAUAAUAAUAUGUCCCUUUAAUAAUCAAGAAGAGUCCAUUUCUACUGAAAAAAAAUAUCACGAAGAUCUGUCAUUCUUAACAUUAAAGGGGUUGUUUAACUUUGAGUUAAUUUUUAGUAUG